AUGCCAGUCUUCACAAACUCUUUAUUCCUGCGAGACUCAUCUUCGCACCAAAAUGAAACUUAUAAUUUCGAAACCCUCAGCCAGAACGCCGGUAGCUGGGAUAAUGUAUCCAUAUCAAAUACCUCUCUCGCAGCAGUUGCCGUCCUAGUCGCCAUUUUGACCCUUUUUAAGACUUGGAAGGUGUGGAAGAUUUUCAGGGGACGAAGAUUGAAGAACAAAAUCAGACUCGAAAACCUCGAUAAUGAGCGAUCAAGCCUUGGUUGCCCCUUACAAGUCCUCCACAAUUGCCAUUAUAACGAGAACGGAGUACGGAACAUUCAGAAUAUCUAUUAUGAUUACAGGACGACGGUCCAGAAUUUUGUUGCGUAUCGUGAGCGGAAUCCACAGAUAGUGUAA